CGGCUCUUUGCUGAGGCCUCAUGAUGAAGCGACGCAAGUGAGUCUCCUCGUUUUGCUCCAGGAGGUGAUUACGCCACGCCACACUGCAUCCAUCUACGGCAGGACAUGGCCCACUCUCUGGGCGAUGGGUGGGAGCGUGACCACUACCGUGAGCAGGAGGAGGAGGUGGCAGAAGAAGAGGAGGAGCAUGAGAGACACAUGGCUAAGAGUGGAAAAGGCAGACUGGUGGGCAGCAUGGAGCAAUGGGACCUCUCUUUCUCUCAGGAGAACCUUGAGGAGGUUGGACUCCUGGAAGAGCUGAGGCCCUACCAGGAUCAUCCAGCAGAAGGGGAACAGAACUUUGAUGGCAACCUUCAAGACUUCAUAAGCAACAGAAAGGCCAACUGGGGAAGCCCCCCGCCAGAUAACAGUGAGUACCAAGAGCAUGAUGGGACCCAGGAGGAUCUAAGCUUUGUUUCCUAUUGGCAACGGCAGAUAGACCAGCAGUUGAGCUUGACAGAAAAUGAGCAGGAUGGAGUCAGCUCUGAACAGCUAGAGAAGCAAGGAAGUGAUUCAGAAGCAGGCAGUGAGGGAGAGGCCUACCCUGAACUUUCUUAUGAGGGACAGUAUGGUUCAGAGUACAGUGCCAGUCCUGAGGCUUUAAGGGAUCCUCUGGCUUCAUAUAAGAAUGGUAAAUCCUACAGUUUUACCUCAGAAGGUGGGGAGGACUUCUCUGAGGGAUCCAAUGAGAGUCCUUCUCCUUCCAGAGAUGCUCCAGAUCGUAUCCACUUGAAGACAGAUUCCUUUGAGGUCCAGAGCUUCCUUGGUGACAGUUCAGAGUUUCCUGAGGAAACAGAAUUCUCCUCAUCGUCUAGGAGGAGCCCUGAGAGCCAUGUUCUCAUUUCGCCAGCAAAUUCCACACAUUGGACUCGGAACCUCUUGGGCCGACUUUCUGUAGAAGGCCUUCAGAAUUCUCCUGGAAUUGAUGCUGAGACUUUCCCGGAAUCCUCCUAUAUGGACAACCUGGGUGAACCUGUGGGGACUAAAGUCAUGGUGGCCUCUGCCAGGACUACCGAAAGAAUCAAAGCUAUGGCUAAGCAUAAGGGGGGCUCACUGGAUACAGCUGGGAGGAUGGAGAUUCCUCAUGACACAAGGCGUGUUGGUAACCGGCCACCAGAAAGAGGGAGGAAGCUGAAAGCAGAUGUACCUCAUGGGCUUCCUUCAAAAUUCAUCAGGCAGUCAAGGUCCCUGAGUCCUCAUGGAAGAGCUACCCAGAAAAGGCCCAGUUCACAUAAAUCUCGUCCAGCAACUCAAGUGACAUCAGUUGCAAGCAACGCCUCACAGUACGGCCGAGGGCAGCUCAACUACCCACUGCCUGAUCUCUCUAAAGUAGAGCCACGAGUUAGAUUCCCCAAGGAUCCACAUACUUACCACCCACCCCGGGGAAAGUCUCCCCCUGUAAGAUCAAAGAGCUCAGGGAAGCCUGUGAUCUUCAAAUCGCCUGCCGAGAUUGUUCGUGAGGUGUUGUUGAGCAGUGGGGAAGGCUCACCUCAGAAAUUCCCGACCCCCACUGACUCAGUGAUUCCAGAGGAAUUCAAAUCCCCCAGACAAGCCACAGAGCUAGUGCAGCAGCUUCAGGAGGACUACCACAAGCUUCUGACUAAGUAUGCCGAGGCUGAGAACACCAUCGACCGGCUGAGACUGGGUGCAAAGGUGCGCUUAUAUUCUGACCCUCCGAAACCCAGCCACAGUGUCCACAUGGGGACUAUAUCUCAGGGCUCCAAGGUCAUGACUUUCAGCAUCCCCCAAAUCAGAGUGGCAGAGGUGACAGCGAGGUCUGGUCCAGUUCCGAAUUCUGAAUCAAGUCAAGUGCCUUCGAUACAGCCGGCUGCAUCCUCCCUUCCCAAUUCCACGGCUGCCGGUGGUCCCAAAGCAGAUGGCUACACCUCCAUGGAAAACUCCUUCUCGGGGGAUCACAAAGCAGGUGGCUACACCUCCACUGCAAACCCAUUCUCAGGGGAUCACUUGACGAAAGUGUUGUCUGCCCAGGCAAGGAAGUGUCAAAGCCAGCUGGAAUCCUUGGAGGAGUUAAUUCGGACGGGGAGGCUGAUGCCGCAGGAGCAACUGAAGGCUUUUGCAAGGCUCAAGAAAGCCCAGGGCGCCCUAGAACAAACCUACCUGCAGGCCCGGGAGGAGCACAAGCUGUCGCAGAACCCCCAGGAAUCCACAGGGGCUCCAGGAGACUUUGAUCCGGAUCGAUCAGUGGAAGGAGAGAUAUUCCGCCUGGAGAUGCGCUUAGAAGAGCUGAAAGAGAGAAUUGACCGGAUGUCUCAGACAGCCACACAAAAAGACUUUCAAGCAACCACACCCCCUAACUCUUCGCCAGCACGAGCUUCAGAUAUGCAGACAGGAUCCCCAACCCCAUCCGUUCAAGCCCCAACCCCAACUGUCCGCACUCCAUACCCUCAGGCUCCAAGCCCUAAGGAGAGCUCCGGUCAAGUCCAGCUGGCUGUAGAAGCAAGUUCCAUUGGUGAUGAGACUGAGGAAGAUGAAGAAGCCCUCCCGGAGCCCCUCUGCCACAAGCAGUUUCAAGUAGAGAAGGAUUAUGAUAACCUGCUGGGCCAUUACAGCAGCUUUAAGUCUUUGCCGGAAGUUAUGAGUUUUGAACAGCUGGAUCUAUACGACCAUAGCUUGUCGCCAGAUGCCAUAGAAAGUGCUGCUGCAGGGGAUUCUGGGACAAAGGACAACCAUCAGAGAAAGAUGCCUGAAGCUAAUGAAACCAUUUGCCUCUCAUCCUCACAGCAGCCACAGGAAAGGAAGCCUCCGGAGAUGUCGCUGGAAAAGACCAUCCACAUGCCCUCCAUCCGAGUGGAGGAAUCAGUUCCUCUGGGGCCAGCUGAGAAAAGUAGACCCUCUGCUGCAGUUCCCAGAACUUCCUCCAGGAGGCAGCAGGUGCUGCUCUCUCCUCGGGGAAGCAUGACAAGCAUCGUGGGCAGCACCGCUUCAGAACAUGUGGCCCGGAAGUCCUUCCAGAAGACAAAUGUGGCAGGAUCUGAGGAUUUACGCAUUGUGUCCCCAGAGACAGACAGUGGAUUUGUGGGGUCUGAAGCCAGCAGGGUCUCUCCCUUGGCUCAGCUGCCGAAACAUCUUUCAUCCCGCUCUAGGCCCCAUGGCAUGCUGGGAAAACUUCCUCCACAGAUGGCUGAUGCUGAUGGUCUCCUUCAUCUGACAUCUCGGAGGAUAGAACCUGCGGUGGUGGAGCUGCCAGAGACUGGCGUGUUGGGCAGGCACUCCCAACCAAAGGUUAGCAUGCAGAGACGCAGUCUUCACAGUGGUGGCUCCUUCCAGAUGGGCUCACCUCCCCAGUGGACUAACAGCAUUGCCAGUGAGGCGGAGCCAGGCACAGAUAGCACUCACACGGACUCUGAUGAUGAGGUUCACAGCAGAAUCAGCACUUACAGCGACCAUCCUGAUGAAGUGAGGCGUUCUCCAAGUAUCUCUGCUGCUUCUCUCUCCCCAACGAGAGCUCCCUGGCACAGCCUCCUGGACUCCCGCCUGGAACGAGACCAGGCUAUUGCGGCUUUGAAGAAUGAGGUCUCCCAGCUGCGGCAAAGCCUGGAGGACACCCUCCACCAGCCUUGCGGACCCCGGAAACAAUCAUCCUCCCCCCAGACCUCUAGGAUCCGACUGCCAUUCCAGGACAGGGCCCGCAACACCAAGAGUGCCAGUCUGAGAGGCAAAACACCAGGGAAAGGUACUGUUGGAUCUGAAGAGCCGUAUCAGGAGUCUAAGCCAGAAGGACAGGAAAGGAGAUUGUCUCUUCCACCAAAUGAGGCCCAGCUGGAUCUCAGCCCUUCAGUGUCAGAUGGCUCUCUGCUGAAGCCUCAGGAAAUUAAAUCCCAGGAAGCUACUUCUUCUACCGCAGAACCUCAAAAGCACUCCACCUUGCAAGGACCUUACACAGGAACACGGUACCCCUUGUCUAUCCCUUUGUCCCGAAAGCUGAAGGUUCACAAAGGACCCAGCUACUGCCCGCAUUGCCAAGAGGUCACAUUCCAGCCUGGAAAAGAACCCGAGUGUGAGCCAAAUGCCCGGGACACCGAAGGCCGUCAUCUCCCCUCCACUGAGUCAUUCAGACCCACCCAGCACAGCACUCCAGAGAAGAUGGCACCCUGCCCGCUGUGUAAGGAGACCAAGAACCGAAGCAGCAAAACAGCCCACGGCUUCUUUGAGGAGUUUGGUCAAGAAGCGGGGGUAGACUGCAGCAAAGAAGCCACCACAUCGUCACAAGACCACAGUGAGGAAAAGAAGCCCAGUAAUUGGCAGCAACCGCAGCAGCCUGGUCUAUGGUACUGGACUCUCCCAUCCCCAGCUGCAUCCAUUGGCUACGUCUCCACCAUUCCCCUGGCAGCUUAUCACCCAUCGUCCGUAAUCUACUGUGCACCACCAGCACCUACCUCAGCUUCCUCUCCAGCUGGUGUUCCUCUUAAUGUCCCCAGUGGGGAUCAACCCACCGCACUGAGAAUGCGGCCCUCAUGGCACCAACCCCCACGAGGCCACUCCUGCUCCCUGACGCUCAACUUCGAUGAAAUGCAGGACCUCAACUGGGCUCUGAACCAUGCUGUCGAAGCCGCCAAAGGUGUGAAGCUCACCACCAAGCGCCUGAGCAGGUCUCUCACUUCGGAACUCAGCAAAGCUCAACGCCUGCGGGGAUCUUGCCUCUUCUGAGAGCAGAGGACUUCAGGAGCCCACCCCCCUCCAACCCCUUUUACCAAGGCAAAAUGGACCAAGAUGCCCAAACUAGAGGAAAGAAGACAUUUUAAGGAAACAUCCCUUGUGUGUUUAUGUGCCAAAGAGCAACACCACAACCCCUUAAUCUUCCGGGACAUUGCCUUAGCCAGGGGGGUGGGGCUUAACAAAGCCACAAGCAUCAUAGAACUCCUUGCCCCAGGAAAACCGUCUAAAUCUAGGCUGGAAGGCAGAGUCUGGCACACCAGUGGUCCCCCUCCAUUGGGCGUUUUUGUCAGGCUUCAAAGGCGCCUGGCCUUCUCCUUCCUUCCUGCCACAUGAAGAAAAAGCAUAAUCGUUUCCUGUUUCUCGCACCACCUCCUGUCUGCCUGUCGUGCUCCUUCCACACAGAUGUGGGGAAAGGCUGAGUAAGAUGGCUUUCUAGUAACAACCCAAAA